UUAUUUAUUUCAUAUUUCCUUACAGAUUCCAUCCUGAUUUAUUUUCCUCGUCGCUUUGAUAGGACUAUUUGGUAUCUAACAUUCCUUUAAUCUCAAUCUAUUAACAAUUCGUUACAUCUUGUUUUUCUUUUUCCUGAGUGUUAUUAUUUCUAUAAAUGAUUUGUUAAUUUGUGGGUUUUUUCGUGAUUGAUUUGAUUCCUUUAUGCAUUAUAAUUUUCCAAAAAUUUCCACUAUUGCCUUUUUAUUUUAUUUUUCGUUUCUCUAAAGCGAAUGUGAUUAUUUACUCUCUUUUUUUUUUUCUUUUUCUUUUUUUCCUUACAUUUCCCCCCGGUAAAUUUCUUAAUUUUUUUUUGUCUUUGAAUGAGAUGACUUUUAAUAAUAAACUGGUACUGAAGAAUUUGAUCAAUUAAUAUUUUGACAUUAUCAAUACACAAUUAAUUAGCGGUGCAAUGCCAAGUUUUCAUUUUUUUUCCCGUCUUUCCUGGAAACCAAACAGAUUUUUAUUUCUAUCAUUAUUAUUUUUUUAAUUUUAAAUGGAGAAGUGGGGAAGGGAGUACAAAGAUCCAACUUUUCUGCUGGUAUUUAUUUUUUAUUUUUACUAAUCCGAUGGUUUAUGUUGUUGGUGAAUGCAGGAUUAUUGAUUGGGUAAAAAGUACACAUUUGCAAACAUUUGGUUUAUAUGAGUUGAGCAAUGUUGUGCUGCGGAGGCGGGGAAGAAGAACCACAUGGCCCGCCUGCGAACCAGUAUACUGCCCCACCUAAAGGGGGGACUCCCUAUCGUGGCGGCAAUGAUAGAGGAGAGCCAAGGAGUUCUAAUGCUGUAAGAAGUGGAGGUCCUCGGAAGGUUUUACCUAUUGACGCACCAUCUUUGUCAUUGGAUGAGUUAAAAAGGUUGACCAGUAAUUUUGGUGCAAAGGCAUUGAUUGGAGAGGGUUCUUAUGGCCGGGUUUUUUAUGCGACAUUGAACAAUGGCCAGCAGCCGGCUGCAAUAAAGAAACUGGAUAACAGUUCUUCACCAGAGCCAGACUCUGAUUUUGAAGAGCAGUUGUCAUCAGUGUCAAGACUUAAGCAUGAGCAUUUUGUGGAGUUGAUUGGGUAUUGCUUGGAGGGAGACAACCGAAUCUUGGCAUAUCAGUAUGCAUCGAUGGGUUCUUUACAUGACGUAUUACAUGGGAGGAAAGGUGUAGAAGGGGCUGAACCUGGUCCAGUUCUUAGUUGGAAUCAGAGAGUUAAAAUUGCUUUUGGCGCCGCGAAAGGGCUUGAGUACCUACAUGAAAAGGUUCAGCCUUCUAUUGUUCAUCGCGACAUCAGAUCCAGCAAUGUCCUGCUGUUUGAUGAUUUUUUGGCCAAAAUAGCUGAUUUCAGCUUGACAAAUCAGUCUUCUGACACGGCAGCUCGACUGCAUUCCACAAGAGUCUUGGGAACAUUCGGCUAUCAUGCUCCUGAGUAUGCCAUGACUGGGCAGAUAACUCAGAAAAGUGAUGUUUACAGUUUUGGAGUUGUUCUUUUAGAGCUUUUGACAGGAAGGAAGCCAGUAGACCAUACAAUGCCCAAAGGACAACAGAGUCUUGUUACCUGGGCAACUCCAAGAUUGAGUGAGGAUAAAGUAAAACAAUGCGUGGAUCCCAAGCUAAACAAUGAGUAUCCACCAAAGGCAAUUGCUAAGAUGGCAGCAGUUGCAGCACUUUGUGUUCAGUAUGAAGCAGACUUCCGCCCAAAUAUGACCAUUGUUGUGAAGGCUCUCCAGCCUCUUCUUAACACAAAACCAGCAGGGCCUGACUCUCAUGCAUAGGAUAUAUCAACUAAAAAAACUAGCAGGACAAGACUUGUAUGAUAUUUAAUCUUUUUUACUCUUUGAAAUUCUUGUUCGGGGUAUAUCAAAUCAGUAUUACAAUUAUUAGUUCAGGACUGGUGUUAUAUA